AUGGCUGAUGAAGUUAUGGAUCUUAUGAAGAACCUAAAGUUCACUGAUGCUGAAGCAACGGUGGUGGAAACUCCUCUUAUGCAGGAAUAUCAGGUGAGGGAUGAGAUGGAUACGUGGAUUCUGGCAAAGCUGUUAUCUCCUAAACCGGUUGUAGGUGACACGGUGAUUAAAGCUUUUAAAGCAAUUUGGGGUGCAAAAAAGCUUGUGGAGACGAGCUGCUUAAAGCCGAAUAUCUUCCUCUUCAAGUUUGUUGUUGCGGAGGAUAAAGAUAAUAUUCUUAGGCGUACUCCCUGGAUCUUUAACGGAUAUUUUAGCGUACUUGACUACAUUAAUACACUGAAGUAUGAUCCUUUCUUGGGUAUUGAGGAAUACGAUUUCUCUCCUCUAAAAACCCGGCUGAGGGUUUUUGGGUUGCCUCUGGGUUUGAUGAAUCAAGAGAUGGGAGAAAAAGUUGGCAACACCAUCGGUGAAAUCGUUGCUGUCGACCUUAGGAAAGGAGAAUGA